AUGGUAUUAAAAAAUUCAAAAUGGGAUAAGAAAGCAAAAUAUAAAUAUUUGAAAAAACAUAACAUUCUUCCAACAAAAACUGAAAAAGAUAAUGCUAAUACUACUCCUUCAACAAAAUGGAGUUCAAAGAAGAAGCCAAUUGAUAAUCACACAACUGGAGUAACGCUUGAAGAUUCUGAUGAUGAAUGGGAUUCUGAUAUUGAUGAUGCUUUAAUCAAUCAUUUUUAUCCUCAAUUAUCAGAGAAUGAUGAAUUGACUAUUGAACAAAAGAAAAAGAUAAAACUGCAAAUAUUAGCAAAUCUAGAUAAAGAUAAUGAAGAAGAAGAAAAAGAAAAAGAAAAAGAAGGAAAAGAAUCAAUAGAAAAUACGAUUGAGGACGAACUUGAUGGUAUAUAUCUUGGAUCAGAUGAUACAAAUAAACUAAAAGAAUUAAAACCUAAUAUCAAUGGUGCAGAUUCAAAAUUUGAUUUGGAAGAAUUCAUUAAUAAUCUUGAUAUUAAACCGAAAAAGAAUAAACGAAAACUACUACAUAAUAAAAUAUCCGAUAAUUUCUUAGAAGAAUAUGGACUUUCAAGUUAUCAAGAAUUGAAUCGAAAUGUUGAUGAUUAUAAUAGUAUAUAUGAAAAGAAACAAAAGGAAUUACUAACUAGAAACAAUCUUAAUAAUAUCCCUAUUGAGAAAUUAGAUGGAUUUAUCAUUGGUGAAUCUUCACUUAUUGAUAAAAUCAAUACUACUGAUAAAUCCAAAAAUAUCAAGAAAUCAAAUAUUCAAAUAUUAACUAAUGAUGAAAAGCAAAAAGAUAUAGAUAGACAAAAAUUGAUUGAACAAGAGAAUUUUUAUCGACAAAUCAAAAAUAAAUUUAACAAUAAUGAUGAUAAUGUAAACAAACUGAAUAAAUUGGGGAAAAUAUUGGAAAUUAAUAAUUUUGAUAAUAAUGAUGUUGAUCAAUUGGCUUAUUUGAAUAACAAGAUUUUACAGAAUGAUAAUAGUAAAGCCACGACAACUUUAGAUAAUGAUCUUGAUUUAUUAUUGGGGAUAUCAUCGGAUGGGAAAGAUGAUGUCGAUAAAGUUGAAUCAAAUGUAAAACAACAAGAUGACAAUUUUGAUACAUUUAUAAAUAAAUUAACCAUCAAUGAUAAAGACGAAACUUUUAAAAAUGAACAACAUCAAUCCAAAUUGAGUUUUGAUAAGGUUAAUAAAAAACAAAAUCAAAAUGAUGCUAAAGAUUUAGAUUUUCUAGAUGAUUUGUUAGGUUAA